CAUGAGCCCUGAACACAUGCUGAAGACCAGUUGUCUGAAACCUUUGAACAUCUUCCCAUCCUUAAGGCUGAUUUCCUGACUACAGUGAUGGAGGGCAACAUGUGGAUCUUUGCAACACUGGGUCUAAUCAUUUUCUGGAUGAUGCCUGUUGACUCCAUGGCGAUACGUUUUAACUUCACUCUACGAGAAGCCAAAAUCUCAUUGAGCAUGGUUAAAGAUUCGGUUGAUGACAUGUAUUUUGACUGCAAUGAUCAAAUGAUGACAAUAGUGAAGGACAAAUACCUUCAAAAAGAAAAGAAACGUUUUAAAAAACACUGGAAUGCGGCACAAUCUUGUGCAAAAAGGGGAUUUGAUGAGAGAGAGGAUAAGGAUAAGGCUCUAACCAUAGAUCACACUAGUGCAAUCUGUGUUUACACAGCUAACACUUUGUACAAGGAAUUUAAUACUGCAGUCCGGACAAAAGGGAGUUCCUAUACCAAAUCAUUCAAAUACCACUCUUUACAUUACCUGCUGACAUCUGCCAUACAGAUCUUAAAUAACAACUCCUGUCACUCUACUUUCAGACGAACCAAAGAUAUAUUUACUGGCGAACUCAACAAAAUAAUUCGGUUUGGCUCCUUUACCUCAACAUCUAUCAAAUCAAACUUGACGAACUUCGGUAGUAAGACCUGCUUCAAAAUUAAGACCUGUUAUGGCGCAUAUCUGAACAAUUAUCCAGUCAACGGUGUUCGAGAGGCCGAGGUUCUGAUCCCUCCCUAUGAGACAUUCAACAUAACUGAGAAAAGUCGGUUCCAAAUUCAAGGUCUAGAGGAUUGUGAAGUUGUCUUUGUCUUGGUGAGUGCAGGGGUCAAGAGCUCUCUGAACUGCAAGGUUGUGCCUGUGAAAUGAAGCUGUAUUGGUCCAACAAAUGGAAAAUACUAUGUCCAUCUUUAAACCUUCUAACUAUCUUUUCAUAAAUGUGUGUUAAACAUGGCUUUAUAUUCUCUACACUGCUUAAUUUGAAUGCUCAGGCUUUGUUCAAUCAUUGAAGACUUGUUUAAUCCAGUUCUCCAGCAAUGUGGUAUAUUUUCUUUGUCCAAUUACUAAGAUACUUUUAAGACCUGUAUUGUUGUAAUUGUCAAAAAGAAACCUAAAAUAAAUGCUUCUGCUUAAUACUACUCAUCAAACUGCCAAAAAUACAAUAUUGUGACUUCUGUUAAAAAAAAAAUUGUGUCAUGUUUUAUUAAAAUGUUUACUUUAACAUGUACACCCUAACCCUAUCAGCUGGUGGUAAAAAGAGUGUUUUACAGUCACAUCAUAAAAUAUAUAUUUCAAAAAUGUUCUUUUUUUUAUGUAAAUAAAGAAGGUGUGAUGUGUUGGUAUGUCAGCUUUGACAAAGCUGGGCUCAGUAAUACAAACUCAGCCUUCUCUGUUGCGAAAUUGUAGAAAAGUAUGUAACCAUCAAAUUAAGGAACCAAAGUCUCAAUUUGGUGAAGCUAUUUUUAAAAUGGUGUCUAAAUUAUAUUUGAUAUAUUAUCAGAGAUUUGAACAAAAAACUCUUCAACAAUCAGGGUAGACUGAUGGGAAAUAGAAAUUCGCAACGUUUUGUAUUUCCAAGUGGGUGGUGGUGACAUCUCUGAGUCUAGUAAACUGGCAUCCCACUGAUUUUAUUCCUCUCCCAUACCCACUUUCAGCCCUGUGCUUCACAGGUGUGAACUGUGAGGGUAGGUUUUCAGCAGGACCAUCCUGAUUAGCUCCCCAGUGUGUAUCAAAGUCGUCUAAAGAUUGUAUUUACAGAGCCUGUAUAUAUAGUUAUAAGGUCAAAAGUGUCAGGUUGGCGGAUAGGAUCAUUUAGUUUUAUGGCUACUAAGGGCUGUGCUGGUUAUAUAGCCUGACCGCUGCAGGAAGGAAGGGCCUGCGGUAUCUCUCAGUGAGACAGCAGGGGUGCAGCAGCCUGUCGCUGAAGGAGCUGCACAGUGCAGACAGGGUGUCCUGGAGGGGGUGGGACACAUUGUCCAGCAGGGAGGACAGCUUGGCUGCCAUUCUCCUGUCUCCCACCACCUCUCCAGUGUCCAGAGGACUCCCCAGGACAGAAGGACUGAAGGACUGAAGGAACUUACCCCUCAGGCCUCUGUGGCUUAGUUAUGUUAGUUAAAAAGCACAUGUGGGUAUAGCUCACUUACAAGGGUCAAUUCAGUAGGCACAUAUUCAUUUCUUAUUUCAUAGUUUUUCAUCAUUUUAAUUUUUAUCUUUGAUUUUAUUUUUGAUUUUAUUAAUCUGUGUGAAUCUGUGCUGUCCUGUUUUUCAUCCUUACCCUGUUGCUGUUUGAACUACUGAAUUUCCCCACGGGGAUUAAUAAAGGUCCAUCGUAUCUUAUCUUAUCUUAUAUGUAAUUGUUUCAGUUAAGGGACACUAAUUUUACAAAAA